CAUCUCUGACCGGAAGUUCGGUGUCCUCACUUCGGUUAACUUGACGCUGACCAUUGAAGGAAAACGGAGCAGAAGAGCGAAACAUGGCGACUUCGAACAAUCCGCGGAAAUUCAGCGAGAAAAUCGCUUUACAUAACCAGAAGCAGGCAGAGGAGACAGCGGCGUUUGAAGAAGUGAUGAAAGACCUCAGCAUUACCCGGGCAGCGAGGUUACAACUGCAGAAGACUCAGUAUUUGCAGCUGGGACAGAACCGUGGGCAGUACUAUGGAGGAUCUUUGCCAAACGUCAAUCAGAUUGGAAACAGCACUGUCGAUGUGCCUUUUCAGAAUUCAGGGCUGGACACAAACAGAUCGACGCGACACCACGGACUGGUGGACAGAGUGUACCGGGACCGAAACCGCAUCACAUCACCCCACCGAAAACCCCUGUCUAUUGACAAACAUGGGCGCCAGAUUGACAGCUGUCCAUAUGGCUCAGUAUAUCUGUCACCGCCACCUGAUACCAGCUGGAGGAGGACAAACUCUGACUCAGCACUGCACCAGAGCACACUAACCCCUGCCCAGCAGGCCUCUUUCACUGGAGGAUCACAGGAGCUGCAGCCAAAACGAGUUCUCCUGCUCACUGUACCAGGGUCUGAAGCAAUUAAACAAGAGGUUGAUGAGGAUGGACAAAAACAGAACUGGGACUGUAAAAAGAACAUUUCAAGGUCCAAGCCCUGCAAAGUUCCUGGGAUCCACAUAUUCCCGUCUCCGGACCAGCAGCUGACCACUUCACUAAAACCAGCAGCCCACAACACAGGCGGUUCUCUGCCUGACCUGACCAAUAUCCAGUUCCCUCCUCCGCUGCCCACCCCGAUCGACUCAGAUGAUGCAGCAGCCGCCUCGUUCAGCUCCCCCAACAGCACACCGACCCUGGCUAACACACAAGGAGUGAACACCUCUCAGCCCACAGUAACCAUGGAAAUACAGCCUGGGCAGGACAACAUGGUUCCUCUCAUCCUGAAUGCAGGAGACUCCCACCAGCACCAGAACCUUCAGCUCUCCCCAACAUCUCCACCUCUCACUCUCUCUCAGGCGGCCAUCAACGCUAUGAACCUUGAGCAGCAGCUGUCCCAGUAUGCCUUCUUCAACCAGCAGCCGUCGUCCCAGACUCACCAGAGCCAGCAACAGACAGGUCUGGUCCAGCUGCCGUCCUCCAUGAACUCCUGCUCCACGUCAGACAACCACACGUCCUCACAAACCAACAUGACCGUGGACAUGAACGCGGCCUCCUCCCUCCAACAGUACCGCAGUAGGGUCGGAUCCUCUGCCAAUCAGUCUCCGACCUCCCCUGUCUCCAAUCAAGGUUUCUCACCUGGAGGCUCGCCUCAACAUAACUCCAUACUGGGCAGUGUGUUUGCAGACUUCUAUGACCAGCAGCUCCCAUCCAUUCAGGCCAGUGCUCUCUCACAGCAGUUGGAGCAGUUCAACAUGAUUGAAACUCCCAUCAGCUCUGACAGCUUGUAUAACCAGACCUCCACCCUCAACUACUCCCAGGCGCUUAUGAUGGGCUUGACUGGUGGUCAUUGCAGCCUUCAAGACUCGCAGCAGCUGGGCUAUAGUAGCCAUGGCAACAUCCCCAACAUCAUUCUCACAGUGAGUGGAGAGUCUCCCCCCAGCCUGCCCAAGGACCUGACAGGCUCACUGUCCACAGAUGUCAGCUUUGAUGUCGACUCCCAGUUCCCGCUGGACGAUCUCAAAAUCGACCCGCUGACGCUCGAUGGCCUGCACAUGCUCAACGACCCAGACAUGGUCCUCGCUGACCCCGCCACAGAGGAUGCGUUUCGCCUAGACCGGCUCUAACCACCACCGCACAACACACUCACACGCAGGUGUGUGAACGCUGCUGCUGGGGUGGGGGGUUGGGGUGGAGGAGGGGACCAAGGGUUUCUCAUCUGAGAGGAUAAAACUAGGAGGAGCAGAUUUUUGGAGCGUGUUGAGAAAGGCCUCGUCCGGGCUUAGCAACGAUUCCACACCAAGCGACACCCAAUCAAACCCCACAAGAGAGCUUUUAAAAGAAAACGCUAUUGUAAGAAAAUUCAUCAAAAUGUUUUUGAAGACUGUUUCCAGCCUCCCCUUCUGUUUAGAACUGGAGAGGUGAGAUCACAUACUAGUUACGGUAUGAAUCACGCUCGUGGUUCUGUCAUCCCAUUUUGAUUUAUUUCAGAUGCCUAGUUUUCAUUUGAGGGAGCUUAAUGAAAAUAUCAUGAGGGCAUAAGGAGAGCCUGGUCUCGUAUCUCUAUCAGUGACUGACUAAGCAAUGUCUACAGAGCAAACCCUUAACAAACUACAGUAUACAGCUCAUCUGUUAACACAGAGUAGCUUAAUGACUCAGAGGAAACACCUGUCGAGUUUAACCUCCCUCUGGGCCAUGCUGGUCGCUUUCAGUAGUACAUUCAGUACGGAUAUUAAUUUUGCUCUAAUCCCCGUGUGGUUUGUUGUAGGAGCCAAAGUCAGGUCCGGUCUGAUUUGAGAGAGGAUGUAAAGUCUCGAGUGAUGAUGAAUCAUUGUUUUCUGCCACCUAAGUUAUUUUUAGGAAAUACUGAAUUUUGAUUUCUACCAUAGUAAAUAGCAGUCAUCAGUUAUGCAUGAAAUCACAAAUCACUGUGCAUACUUGUUUUGCCUUAAUAGCUUGACAUUUUGGUUUUCAUGCAAAGAUGACUAUUAUGUAGAUGAGAGAAAAAAAAGUAAUUUUUACUGUUCUACAGGUGGUUUGGCCUACAGUGUUCACAGUUGCAUUACUGUAGUUGUACUUUGUGCUGAUCUUUAUCCGUUACUUCAUCCAUUGUCACUACCAUAUCAUUUGUCAUGUUCAUUUAUCAGUCAAAUCUAAAAGGAUAAAUGAUUUUUUUUUCUUAUGGAAUAGAUGUUUACAGGCUUGUUUUACUUUACAUUUUACAUGUACAGAAUGUGAUUAGAUUUUGCGUGAUAGUAUCUAUGCAAAACUACCAUGAUUGAUUUAGGACUGUAAAAUAAAACAGAUAAAAAUGAACCCUUAUAUAGAGGAAGCUAACGUGCAGGAUUCUUACAGAAUGCACAGUGAUAGUGCCAUGCUAUAUUUGUUUUUGAAACGUUUUGUUUUCAGACUAGUAAUGUGUAGAGGGAAAAAAGGCUUGGUGAGUUUUGGCUCUCCUGGAUUACUCCCAAAGAUGUGACCUCAUUGUAGUUGAGAUAUAUAUAUUUUUCCAGACAAUUGAACUGCCUCUAUACUAGAAUAGCAUUGUUGAUGCAACGAGAAUGUAUUUAGGUCACAUCUGUACAACUGUAAUGUUGCCAUCUUGUCAUCCUCAUUGCCUCUCAUAUCUAGCCUUUAUGUACUGUAGGACCAAAAAUCUCUCACCUGUUCAUUUUCUCCCUGCAGAGGAGAUGUGGCAUACUGUUUUUAAGUUUUAUAUAUGACUCAGUUUCUCUCCUUGGCACUACAGUGACACUGAAUAUCAGUUUUUUUUGGUCAUGCUUGUGUUGCGUGUUGCUCUUUAUCUGUUUGUUCCAUGUCUCCCUGGUGUUUGGUUCUGCAUUAAUAUGGGUUCAUUCAUUUGGUCUUUUAAAAAAUCCUCAGCGUAUUUCUCAGUGAAUGGAUCCUUUGGAUUCACUCACAUCUGUGUCCCAUAUGUCAUUAUUGCACUUUAUGCAUUUAUUUAAAACACUGAUUUUUGAGAGUUUAUAUACCAAACCCCCUCUUGUGACUGUUAUGUGCACUGGACCUGUUUGCCCUGUCUUUGAUUAAACUUGCCUUCUUGUAAAAAAAAAAAAAAAAAGAAAGAAAAAAAAGCAAAUGUGGGAAAAAAGCUCAAUUAAAUGAUAGUUAUUUUUGGAAAGUCGUAUAUAGGUAGCCUAUUUAAAAGAGCCGUUUUUACUUAAUCAGUGAAUAUUUUGUUUGUCUACUGUUAUUCAAUUUUUCCUAAAUUUUUGAAAAAAAAAUUGGUAUUUUGGGACUGUGGUGAUCAGAGGGGUGUUAGUCAUGUUCCUGUGUCGCAGCUCUUUCUGCUAUUGACAGCAGGUCAGAGUAAAUAGAACUAAAUGAACUAUUUGUCUAAUUAAUCACUGAGUAGCAAAUUAAAGGUUUAUUAUUAAUAUAGUUAAAGAUACAGGUAUAGUGUAGUGCAAUUUCUCAAAUGAGCACAUUCAAAAUUUUGCAGGGCCUAUUAUCUUAAUACUGUGCCAGAUGGGAUCAGUCAAAAUCCCUGAGAAGUAUUUCAUGGAAUCCAUAUUGCAAUUCAGUCCAGGUAUAAUUGUUAUUAAAAUGCCCAUAAAAAGAGUAUCAUUUCUUUUCUAGGACACUAUAUAGCCACUUACCAUCAGUACUCCACAGAAUGAAAAAGGCUGUUCUGUAGCUGCUACAUUAUGUGUCAAGGUCCUCCCGUCCCAGCAUAUUUCACCAUUAUUCAUACACAGUGUGAAACGUUCUGUGAAAUGUGAUCGAAUCAGCUGAAAUUAAGUUGUUGACCUUGAAGAUGUCUUUUCAGUUUAAAAAAAAUAUUCUAAUGUUUUAGAUGCAUUAUGUUUCUGACUUUUGAUGCCAUGUUUUUUUGGUUUUUUUUUGGCUUGUUUUUUCUAUUUUAAUAAUUUUGUGACUGCAUGAAUCGCUGGACUCGUUUUCCCCUCGGCUUGGGUUUUAUUUCCGUUAAAGGGUAGGUUCAGCUUUUUUGUCUAAGUGUUUUGUUAUUCUAAAAUUCUCUUUUGUCUCUUUUUUUAAAUUCAGAGUCAUGGGUAGGCUAAGUAACUGCUACGUGAAGCCUAAAAGCAUCAGAAAUAUGGUAAUCAGCCUUUAUGCACAUGUAGAAGCUGUUGUUUGGUACUGUGUUUUACACUGCAAUAUACAGUAUGUGCUUAUUUUCUGUGCAACACCCACAGAGUUUUACUAUGUCAUGGUGUAGACUAGCUUUGUAUAUUGCAAUUAUAGGAACAGUGUUUUUUGUGCUUUAUGUGAUAUGAUGUCAAAGUGAGAAAAUGCACUGAGAAAUACUGUGCUGCAAUAUGUUAUUGUGGCUCUAUAUUCUCUGCUGGACCUCAGACUUUGCAGUCAGCCUGACAUCUUUCUAGGUCCAUUUUCUUUGAACUUCUUUGUGCUCAUGUAGAUAGCGCUGACUGAUGUGUCGCCUGUUACUGCCACCUUUUUAUGCAUCAACGUUCAGGUAUCCAUUGGUGUUAACACCAGUGUUUACAGAGACAAGAGUUUACAACAGAGCAAUGUUUGUUUUUCUCCUCAUAUAAUGUUUCAACUGAGUUAAAUACUGUAUCUAGAAGAACAGACUACAUAUGAACCACUUGCAGUGUAGAUUAACAGUGAAUCAGUAAUGUAAUUUCAAUAGCAUGACCACAAUUCAAUUUUGUGAGGUUUUGAAGGUCUAUGAAUUACAUAUAUUUCCUUCAUCUGUAUGCUUUUUAAGGCCCUGAAAGCACUUUUUAUUUAAUUUACAGACUUUUGUCCUGCAGAAAUUCCCCUCCCUGUGUAUUUCCUAUUAUCACCUACAUGACAUGAGAAGUUUUUUUGUUUAAGUUGUAUUGGGUUUAGUUUUAUGGUAAAUCUGUCAUCAGCACUGUAUAUUCUUUUGUUUUUCUUUGUUAAAUCAACAGUUAGACCAAAAAACCAAAGUUCAAAAACAGCCAUAAAUGAGAGAAAACUGAAACAUUUUAUCCUCCUAACUGUUGCAACACAUUCUCUCCUUUGUUUUUCCAAACACUUUAUUGGGGUACAAAUUAUUUCAUACAUAAACUACUGUAUGAACUUAUCAAUGCAUUGUUUACAUUGAACAUAAUCACUGAAAGUCUCUGAGCAUAACUUAAAGAGAUGUGACUGAUAUAUCGUGUCCACUACCUGGGAAAUCUCUUUUAUGCAUGAUAUUGAAUUUUAAAAUAUGUCAGAAAAUACCGCGACAUAUUGUAUUUUGCUUUAAAUUAAAUAUUUAGUUUUGCCUUUGUUUUAUAAAUCUGCUGUCAAACACUUUUGUAGUGCGUAUAACUAUAUACAUCUUAACAUAGACAUACAGUAAGAAAUAACAUGACAAAUAGCAGAUACAAAUACUGUAUAGUCAGGCUAUACAUAUACAUAUAUAUAGAUAUAUAUAUAUAGAUAUAGAUAUAGAUAUAUGUCGAUUGACUUUGUGACAUAAGAUGUUAAAACAAACCGAAUCAGGAAGAUGACCUGGAGUCAUAGUCAUGACAUCUAUGAGUCCUUUGUGUGCAUUUUGAGGGCAGCCCACUGCUGGUUCAAGCCUCAUACAAUGGCAGCUAAAUUGUUAUAUAAUGUAUUUUGUUUCUGAGUACAGUGAUACUAUUCCAAAACUGCACAUGCAUUUUACUGCCGUGAAGAUGUGCUCUAUGCUCCCAUAGUGCACUCACAGCAACAGGAAACAUUAUGCUCAUAGAAUAUGCAAAAUCUAGCAUUCUGCAGCACAGCUUGGCAAGUUGGUACUUUUUUGAGCUAACCCUUUAAAAAAAAAAAAACAAACAAACAAAUGGUUCAAACCUUGUUCUUCAAAUUGUGUGUUUUCUAAUUUAACUGUCGAAUCGGACCAAAAGAAUCCAAGUUGGCUGUAAAUGUGUGCUAUAUUCAAGAUGAAAUAUGCUUCUGUUUGAAUUGUACCUGAUGUAUUUUUCUUGUGUGAAGGCUUAUGUCUUUGUAUCUUUGCAUUAUUAUUUGUAAAUGAAAUGAAAAUAAAUAUAUCUGAAUACGCA